CAUGUAUACCUUGUUCUACUUUCCUGAGCGUGACUGGAAUCAUCAUCAGCAGGUGUGUUUCUUCAGGAAGUUUAAGACUCGUCAUAAAAGACUUUGAUCAACCACGUCACAUAGCAUCGCAUUAGCAUUGUUAAUAUCGAAUAGAAAUCCCUACAAAGGUAAGCAAUAAUGAGUUUAGUUCCUGACUAUCCCCGUCUUGAGCUGAUGGUGGCAUGCGACCAAAACUUGGGUAUUGGUAAGGACGGCACACUCCCCUGGAGUCUGCCCUCUGAAUUUGCCUACUUUCUGAAGAUGACCCAGAAUUAUCAAGGCAAUGGGGGCAAAGUCCAUGCCUCCAUCUUCGGUCGCGCUAACUGGGAAUCGAUCGCCAAGACCUGUGGAGACAAUAAUCCUUGGAAAGAUACAAUCUGUUACAUUCUCAGUCGUUCUAUGAGCGCCGAUCAACUUCCGGAAAAUGUUUUUGUCUGCUCAUCUUUCGAAGAUAUUAUUAAUCAUCUCAACAGACCAGAGAUUAAGGAGCGUGUAGACCGGGUCUGGGUUCAUGGCGGUGUAUCCGUCUACACAGAGGCUUUACGUUCGCCCUAUUUUUAUCGGCUUUACCGGACAACAAUUGAGGCGACGUAUCCGGCGGAUGUGUUUUUCCCACGCGUCGACGAGUCCCGUCUGACCCUUGUUCACGACCCCGACGUCCUACAAGGGACCCAGCAUGAAAAUGGCGUCAAUUUCCAAGUCUUUGUCUUUCAAACCACUGGUAUUAAUCCGUUGGUAUAGAAAGAAAGAUAUUAAAAGAAACGAGAAUACUCAAAUAUGCGAUGAUUGAGAUGUUAUUGAACAUUUGAUAAGGGAAAAAAAAAAUUACAAAUCAGACACGAGAAAUAAAUGGCGCAACAAAUCAACGCUACGAACGGAUUCGGUAAACAUUCAAAAUUUUCAUUUCCCCAAAAUUGUUUUUAAACAGUGCUUUAGUUGUACGGUGUCAAGGGAUUUUUAAUAAAUUUCAUAUUUUACUCUCAA